AUGGUGGCAGGGUGGCUGCCCCACCUUCGCGGGGUCUUUGCUUUCGGCUCCGGGCCGGGCCCCUUCCGGCAGUGGCAGUCGGUGGACAGUGGCAUCGGCACUGGCACUGGCGCUGGCACUGGCGCUGGCACUGGCAUGACACUGGCAUAUCGACUUGACAAGCGAGAGGACCAAGCUCUGCUUCACAUCAUCUCGCGGCAGAAGUUGAAUGAAUGCUCUUGA